AUGGAGAUUGAACAACUAUACAUGAUUGUGUCUCUCAGCAAUACCAAAUCCUCUGAUGUGUUUGUCUUGUUGUGGAUUUCAACAACGAGUAUUGUCUUGUCGUUGGUGUUUAUGACAUCAAUUAAAAAAGAAGCCAUAAUCAUAGAUAGAAUGAAUGGUCACGGAGAUACAGCAGUCUCUUCCCCUAAUGGGAACACAUCGUCAUCAUCAUCAUCGUCGACAUCAACGAUGGUUUUUGGAUCAAAAUACAAGCACAAUUUAAGGAGCCAUCAAUCAGUUGAUAAAGUUCCUCAAAAAUAUAAUGAAAUUAUCGAGUUAAUAUUAUCACCACAAUUAGAAUUGGUAAAUGUAUUAUGUUCGAUAACAUUGGUAAAAGAGACAGUACCAAAUACAGUGAAUAUAUCAGAGGCAUUGGUCAACUUUUUUGAAAUACAUUGUAAUUUGAGAUCUAGCUAUUUAUUAAAGUGGGCAAUCGACAAGGAGAUUGAAUGUACCGCAAACUCGGCCACACUUUUCCGUGGUCUUAGCACAGCCACCCGAUUGAUAUCGGCAUUCUAUAAACGAGCGGGUGACCAAUACCUCAAAUACCUACUCCAACCAUUUGUACUCGAUCUCUGCUCGAGAAACUUUAGUUUUGAAAUCGACCCCGAAAAAGCAUCCAAAGGCAUGGAUGUCAAAUCAAACCUUGAAAGAUUAAUUACAAUCACUCAACAAUUAUUGGAUAAAAUUUUAGAUUCUUUUACUCUAUGUCCAAUAGCAAUUCGAAAUAUAUUACAACAUACACAAGAUAAAGUUGAAAAGAAGUUCCCAGAGAUGAAGACAACUGUAGUGGGAGGAUUUAUAUUUUUGAGAUAUAUAUGUCCUGCUAUCGUUGCACCCGAGGUGUUUGGAUUGAUUCAAGAUACUCCGACGACAGACUCGCGUCGUGGACUUGUAUUGGUUUCAAAGCUACUUCAAAAUUUGGCCAACGAGAUGCCAUUUGGUGUUGGUAUCAAGGAAGAGUAUAUGACCUACUUGAAUCGUUUCAUUUCAAACAACUCUGAAAGAAUUCAUAUCUUUUUUAAUGAUUUGGCAAAUGUUCAUGGAAAUCACAACAACAGUCAUCACAGUCAUCAAAUAUCGCAACAAUUGAUGGAACAUCAAUCAUCUGCAUCAACAGCAGAGGUUGCUGAAAACGAUUCUAGAAGUCGGUCAAGAAGUGAGAGUCCCCCAUUAAAGCCAAUUGGGUCGGUGCAGAAACUGAUCAAUGAACGCGAACGUGAAAAAGAGCGUGAGCGUGACAACACGAGUGGGAGCAGCGGUGCAAGCGGCGCCUCUUCCAACAAUAAUAAUGGCAAUGUCCAUGGUUCUCCUGUGCAUAGCAGCUCUCUGCUAUCGAGUGGUAUGGUGACCGUCUCUGGAAAACACAAAAAGAAUGGUGGGAGUAUUUUCGCAGGCGGGUCACUCAACAACAUCAAGACGAGUAUCUCGUCCACUUCCAUUGACAUGCCCGAGGAAGACGUCCAGACCAGUCUGCUGACAUCAGUCGCCGAGUACCAAGCAUACUACCGCCACAAGCUCGAGCUCAAGGACAUCGAGUUGAAGGGGUAUCUCGACGAGAUAGCCCACUUGAAAAAGGAACUAGACGACCACAAGAGUCGAAGCAGUCUCAUGAAAAAACUACGAGACGAGGUGGAAAAAGAAAAGAAAAAGACUAAAGAGGCAGAGAGCCAGUUGAAAAAGGCCAAUGACAAGCUCAAGAGCGUCGGUCUCGACCAGACCGCCGAGUCCAUGUCACGCGACGAAGACUGUUAUUCUGACAUGUCCAGCGUUGCCGGUGACGAUGACAACAGUUUUAAAAAGAAAAAGUCAGCCUCCAACACAUCCAUUUCAAACUUGGUGCGCAAGUCUGAGUCGUCCGCCAGCCUCAUGAGCCCAGUUAGUGCAACCACCACUCCGUCCACACCCACCUUGCCACCCGUCUACCCAUCCCCUUCAGCCAUGCUCCAACAAAGCUCGACCUAUGGUAUGAACAUGACCAAGAGUCCGUCCAACCAUGACAUGGUCGAUUCUGACAGCACUCCCAUCCGUCGCUCAACAACCAAUACUAGUAAUUUUGAAGGUGACGAUACUGCUAGUAACGGAGGUGGUGGAAGUAGUCUUAGUGUUAGUAGAGUAGUUGUCACUAAUGGCUCGACCAAUGGUCAACAAAAACCAAGUACUCACAAACGAACAGAGUCGGCCGACCCAAGUGGCGACCUCAGCAGUGACUAUGAUGCCGAGACAGAAGACCGUAUCAUACAAGCAUGUGUAGAUGGCGAACUAGAAGAGGAUGACCAAGGAAUGGACCUACUUCAGUUCCUCAAAGAGUUUGGUGAAAAACAAUCAUCUAAUGGUGCCAACAAGGAUGGUGGCGACUCAUCAACCAACUCCAACUCCAACGACAAGAAAAAGAAGUCAACUGGUCGAUUCCUAGGUAUCUUUGGAAAUAAGGAUAACAGUUCAUCAAACAACAAUAGUAAUAAUAAUAAUACCAAAGAUAAAAAAGAUAAAGAUAAAGAAAAAGAAAAGGAAAAAGAAAAAGAAAAAGAAAAGGAGAAAGAAAGAGACCAAAAGAAAUUAAAAGAAAAAGGGUUACAAUCACCUCCAACUACUUCUCAAAAUUUAUCAACUAGCGUUCAACAACAAUAA